AUGGCGACAAUGUUCAAAGAAAUACUGCAACACAACACCCAGAGGUUCUUGAUGAAGAAGAACAAGAAGAGUGACAAUCAGACACACUCGAACGGGAUAUACCAGGAUCAGAACCCUCCAUAUGGAGAUACCAGAAUAUCAUCACACGUCAACCACUUCCCGCCAAGGGAGGAGCCACAUGCACAUGCAUCCUUACCAAACAGAUACAAUCAUCGCGUUUCUGUUCCUGCAAACAAUCUGCCUUCAUACCAAGACCGCCCUUACGCAACCAGUCAAUACUAUGUUUCUUCAAAUAACGUCAUUCCCUCUUCGAACACCACAAUACGACAGUCUUUCCUCUCAUCCGUACAAUCUCGCCUUACAACAGCAGCAACACCGACUUGUUCUCCUCGCCCCACAUCACAAGCUGCAGUCCCACCACCGUACGAACAAGCAUUCAAAGCCAGCAUGACCAAAGACGUGAUCAAACUUCUCCCUUCCGAAAGAAUUCUCUUCCACAUCUCCCGAGGAGGAGGGGGAGGAGGAGGCGAAAGCAAUAAGAAGAAAAAAGAAUCUUCCUUUUCCUCGUCUACGAAAUACCCCAUCAUCCUUAGCCGCGCUCACGACAAUUCUCUCCUCGGAACCGUCAAAUUCAAAGAAUUGAGCACGAGCGUCUACUUCUCUCUCCACGCCGGCCACGAAGCCAAAAUGUCCAAUGAGGGUACAUGGACGGAUCGGUGGUGUUAUCGGAGUACGGUGUUUGGAGGGGAGAAAUGGUGUUGGAAAAUGGUCAAAGAUGGGGUUGGGGAGUUGCAGGUGGUGAGUAGUGGGGAGGUGAUGGCCAAGUUGGACAAAGGUGGCGUGCUGGUGAUUGAUCGGAGGGAUGUGAGUCAUGCUGCGGUGGAUGAGAUUGUCAUUUCGGCGUAUGCGUUGUGGGAGAAGUUGAGGAGGGAUAAGAAGGAGGGGGAGAUGGUGGAGAUGGUUGCAGAGGUUCUGUUGGGGGGUUGA